AUGGCGGACCCGCUAGUGCAAACAGCAAAGGAAAGCAAGCUGACUGCUCUCAACAAGAAGAUAAUCGAAAUCAAGAAAAAGAUACAGUUGUCAGAGGGACAGCGGAAGGCUUGCUUCGAGGAGUGCGAUGCGCAGAAGAAGGAGAACGCCGAGAAGGUCGCCAGGCUCAAGAAGGAAGUCAAAGAGCUUCAAGUCACCUUUGCCAAAGCUAAGAAUGAACAAGAGGCUGCUGAUACGGAGGCUCUGAGAGGACAGGAUCAGUCAUUGAGCAGCGUGAAGAGAAAGAACCUGGCUGAGGCGAUAGCUGGUCUGGACGAAGACAUCAUCCGUCUACGCAAAAAGCUCGACUUGAUCCGGUACGAAAGCGACAAGCAACAAAAAAAGCUAACCGGACUUCUGCAGGAGUAUGAGGAGCUCAUGAGCGGUACUGUUCAAAAGUUCACGGAGCAAAAAGUGGAAAACCCCGUGAAAAAGAAAAUCAUACGACUAGAGAAUCAGUUGCAACGGAUCCACGUGAUGCAAAUGGAGGCUGACACGGUGCGAAAGAAAUACAGAGGCGUACGAUCCAGUCUGAAGGCGGACGCGGCGUUGUACGCAUCCUCCUUACAGAUAGUCGAGGAGCAAAUUCAAGAGCAAAAAUCAGAAAUACGUCGACUACAGGACGUGAAGGAGGAGGCGAUUCACCUACGCGACAUUACCAAGGGAACACUGAUGAAGCAAGAGGUCGAAGCGAUGAACACUUCGAAACAGCGUGACGGCGUUAUUUUAGACUACAGGUUUGACACUGACAAGGAAGGAUCAUAUCAGGUGAAAAUAACUUCGGACGAUUAUCAUAUGGGCGUAGAUGGAAAAGGAAGAGCGAAAAAGCAAAGGGUUGAGGACCGAAGGCUGGAGCUGGAGCGACUGGAGAGAAUGAUAUUCCCGACGGGACGACCGGUUGUGCGGGAGGAUUCCAGCCUUCAGGACGAUCAGUCAGGAAAAAUGCCGGGCAAGGAGAGCACGCAGUAUUUAGAAGAGUCCUUCGACAGGCUCAAAGACGCCACGGGUGUGUCGAGAACCGAGGAUGUCCUGAACAGGUUUCUCAGUCAGAAGGCGACGAAAGAUAAGCUACAAAAAAUGCGGGUGGCGGCUGAGAACGAGAAGAUCACCCUGGAGCGAAAGAGGCAGCAACUCAUGGCCGAAAUCGAGAAGCAGAAGUUUUCGGAAACGAAAGAUUCCGAACAGAAUGCUGAAGAGUUGGAACACUACAACCGCCAAAUCGCCGAGCAGGUUCAGCGUCAGGAAAAGGCGCUGACUGAGAAUAAACGAGUCCAAGAACUCUUGAUGGAAGUGAACAGUACACUUUGGUUGCUCUGUGACAAGCUGAGGGACGUCAGCCUUACACCGAUACCGGAAAAAGUCGGAAGUAUCGACGAUGUUUUUGAACUUCUGGAUGUCCUCCAGGAAAAGGUCGAGGCCACAAUCGAGCUCGCCGGAGUUUUGGAAAAGAACGUUGAGGUCUUCGAAGAUUUAGUGGGCGAGCAGAUCGAAACGGUAUCGACGAGUGCGUCGGAGGAUGGAAAGAUGAAAGAUAUCGACGAUCGUCCGUUCUUCCCGACAUUUCCGUCAGCCUCAACGCCAGCAGCUCCAGCGCCGCCGUCGGAGGACGAGGAAGAAGUUCCAACUCGCAGUGUCCUUAAACGCCAGGCCCAGUUGCUCGUCGAUACGAAGAGUCGAAGAAAGGGAUUCAAUUUCAGGAGAUAG